AUGACUUUGUUAGCUUGCGUUCUGCAUUCGAGUGAUGGUAACUACGAGGAUCUUGUUUCCAGUGUGGUCUCAUGCAUCACCUCUAUAUUUUAUAGUGUUUCGGCUUUAUCACCAGAUUUUGUCCCGCAAAUCGCUAUUUUUCGUUCAGACCCUCUGGUAGGUUGCCACUGUUUGUAUAGGUCGACUGUAUCAGACUGCAACCAUACCGUCAAGGCUCCAUCAAUGCCUUUUAUGGCCUUUUCACCAACUUUCCAUUCGUAUGAAGCUUGCCGACAGCAACAACAACAUUUAUCAUCGGAUGAAUUAAAUGAGGAUCUAUUCACUGUUUUCCGUGGUCGUUCAGCAUCAUAUUUGAGCGAGUGCAUAUUGCUUGGGACUCGUGCGUUGCCAUCGCGUAUGAAAGAGAAUUUUAAUACCACGGAUGUGUGGGGCAGCCUUGCAGGGGGUCUUUUGGCAUCGCUUGCGUUCUUCAAUAAGCACAAACUUGAAAGUUAUCAACCAUCAACGCAAAAUGACACCAAUUUCAGUAACACCACCACAUCUUCUGGCACGCGUCCCAUACUUUUAGUGUUCAGCAAUAGCACCCAGCCUUACGAGGUAACCUACAGCACAGAGUGUGCAAUGGCAGUGGCGGCAGUAACAGCAACGCGGCUUAACACCGUUGCAUUUGCAUUCGGGAAGGCGGCUUCUGAGGAGCAGGCGGACGUCGCAGGAUGCAGUCGGGUUCAGGCCUUCGCCAUUGUUACAGGGGGAUUCUGUGCUGAGCGUUUCUGUCCUUCGCUCAUUGGGGGAAUGCUAGACAAGUCGUUUUCUAUUGUCUUUGAUGAGAGGUCGAUGCACAAUGUAAGGGAAGGGUCUGAUUUAACGCAUUCACUGCGAGGGAAGAGGGACCAGAUGGCAAAGGCGUACGUUGUAGCACCGCCCACGAUGCCACAGUGUCCGCAAAGUGGGUUGAAUAGGGAAUCGUCGACAAUUUCUUCCCAUCUCGCGUGGCUUUGUCCUCGCUGCAUGACUAUUACAUACCGUGCCUCAGGGGAGGAUAUUUCCUCAAACUCUAAUAUUUUUAUCGAUGAAAAUGACAACACAGUGGCUUUUUGUCAGUACUGUGAUAAACUGUAG